AGACAAUCAUCGCACAAUUUGUUUCCGAAAGCGACUGCGAGGAAUGGGAGCGAAUUAACGCCGCAGCACACCAAGUUCCGUGGCACUGCAAUUAACACCGCUUCUCGACCAUGACCGUCGCUGUGAUGGACAUCGCCUACGUCGGCCUCCUCCUAGUCUCAAUCGUGGCCGGUAACUUUGUGCACCGCAUCAAGGAGGUCCGCCACCGCCGGGUGUACUGUACCGCCCUGGGAGCUUUCCUGGUGCUGAUCGUGUCCGGUCGGCAUGCCGUGCACCCAUGCGUCGUCAGCGUCGUCAAUGCCUUCAUCGUCACCACGUUCUCCAUGAAAUAUCGGGCAAAGGCCAGCUUUGUGUUCUGCUUUGGGUACCUGGUGUUCUUCAAGUAUCUGAAGUUGUGGAGCACCAAUCCGCCGCCGGGCAUCACCAACCUCGUCCAAAUGAUGCUCACGCUUCGGAUGGCAGGAUUGGCCAUGGAGCAGCAGAUCAUCCAUGAGCAGCACCAGGAGAAGGACACCGACCAGCAGGCGUACGAAGAGGGCAACAUGAAGCCCGGCUUUUGGGAUGUCAUCGACUACGCCUUCUGCUACAUUGGGGUCCUCGUAGGACCGUACUACCGGUACCGGACAUAUCGCGACUUCCUGAACGCACCUUACCUGGACACCGUCGACCGCAAGGGCAUGUGCCUGAACCGUGUCAAGAUGGUGCCGAUCUACGCUCUGCUCUGGCUGCUGUUCGUCCAGAUCUUCCCUCCCGACUACUUUGGUACCGCCGAAUUCUACAAACAUGGGCUGCUGUACAAGUUGCUGUACCUGACGCCCAUGUUCAUCAUCUUUCGGUUACGGAUUUACAUCGGCUUCGUGCUUGGCGAGUGCGUCUGCAUCAUGGCCGGUCUCGGCAUCUAUCCGGCCGAAUCCAAGGCUUUGCCCGGUGUCGGCCCCACCAACAUCGACGCACUGUUGAAUGUGUGGCAGGGUAAAAACAGCGACUGGGAGAAACAGGAGUUUGACUACGAGACGGUGCACAACAUCGACGAGGCGCAGGCUGAGCUGAGCAGCACGAUGCGCAUGGGCAUCCGCAGCUGGAACCGCACCGUCCAGUACUGGCUGGCCGUCUACUUCUACAAGCGGCUGCCACUGCCCAAGCCACUCCGGGCCAUGUUGACAAUGACGCUCAGCGCCGUCUGGCACGGCCUCGAGCCGGGCUACUUCCUGUGCCUGGUGACGUCGACCGCCUACAUAGUGGGCGAGGAACAAGUCGAGGCCGUUGUGGAGCGCCAGCGCUCCCUGGUGGGGCGUCUCGGGGGCCGCCUGCUGCUCUGGUUCUGCAAAAUGCAGUCUUUCACGUACAUGCUGGCCGCUUUUCUCCUGCUGGACGCUGGACGCACGUGGGAGUACUACCGCUCCGUCUACUUCCUGGGCCACGUCUACGUCGCCGUGCUCCUGCUGUGGCGGUUUAUAGUGCCACUGCACCGGAUGCCGAGCGCCAAACUCAAACAGUAGGGGCGGACUGGAUGGUAGGAGCAGUGGGACGGUCGUGCCAAGAAGUGGCGAUAGAUGAUCAGUAAUUUAUAUACAAUUGUUUCUGUCCCGUCUCACUCGCAAUGGAACCUUUCCAGUUUCGUCUUCUCCAUUAUCAUGCCAUCACGGUCACACACUGCAGUCACAAAUGCCGCUGAAGUAAAAAGUGGGAUUGGGCUAGUUGGUAAUCCAUUAUUAAACUUCUCAGCGCAAAAACUUCCGUCAACUAACAUGCGCUCGUCCUUCGUCCUCGUCUCUUGUGUUAGUUGUCGGAAGUUCUUGCGCUGAAAGGUUUAAUAACAAAUGUCACAUUCCCCCCCCCCCCCCCUUCAUUUUUGAGGUUGCCACACCAUUGUGUUCGAAUGAAUGAAAGAAGGCGAAUUUUUUUUCAAGGAGCUGUUUUUCUUGUUACACAAAAUCGGAUGAACUCAAACAGUUAGGCUAGGAUAGGCAUAGGGGCCAUUCGCUGUUGUUUAUUUUAUAUAAUUUAGUAAUAAUGGCUUAAGUUAAAGUGAAUUGAUGUAUACAAAGAAAACGAAACACCCUAUCGGUCACUAGGAUCUGAACUCACGACCUUAGUUUAGUGUGUUCGAUGCUAUACCAGUUGAGUUACUACAUCUAGUUUGUUGACUAUUUCUGCACUUGUAAUUGCUGAUAUUUGUGGGCAACACCGCAAGCUUACUGCCUUAGGUUAGCACACAGAGUUUAAGAAUGAAGCAUGUAGUAAGUCACUGAGAGAAAAACUAGAUUUUGAUAGGCAGAGGAUGUAAAAUUGCACUCCACACUAUUUCUAAAAAAGAAAACACAAGUGAAGAAAAUGCAGCGAGUACACACAAGAUUAUCAGCAUUGUCUUAUGUGCAUGAUUGCAUCCUCUUCCUCAUUGCCUCGUUAGAAUAUAGCAAUGCAGGAAAUAACAACCCGACAUGCAAGUGUUCAUUGGACUUUGUUCGAUGUAGUCGACUGCAUUUAGGUGAUGACGUUCCAUAUUUUCCAUACUAUGAUCCUCACAAGGAGUGAAGUUGCAGAGCUCAUUAGGGCUUGAAAUAGACUAAAUUCGUAGAUGGUGCACACCUACUGAGUAGAUCUCAAAGACUCCAAGACAGCCGAAACAGAUUUUUUUUAUUCAAUCGUACAUCACCGAAUCAUUUUUUUUGUGCAACCUAUGUGCUGCCUCACAAACCAGCCUUUGGUGAAUACUAAAAAAAAAGGAAAUGUGACGUGUUUGAACGGCUUUUAUGAGUAACAAUGUAAGAGCUCAGUCUCACACUGUUUGUUAUGUAGUAGCCUUUAGAGAGCUUGUUUGCCGACAAGUGUGCAAACCAAAAUCAUGCCGGCAAAGGCACAAUAGCAAAAACAAAUAGUAGAAAGAACGUAUUUUUGUCAGUCAUAUUCGCAUUCCAAUCCUUCACUACUUUACAGCGUGCUCGGAGAUUCAAGCGCGGUAUUAACUCUUGCGUGGCGGCCAGCACUGCUUGCAUAAAUAGUAGACGCCGAGGACAACAUGCUGGUGUCGUCAGCAUCCACCAUGCAUUAUGGUAUACGAUGAAGGCAAGUUCGCGUGAGUUGGGCCUUGCAGCAAUCACCCAGAAUGCAUUGUAAAGUAGACCGAUCAAUGCAUUUGAAUCACCGCGUGCACCGUGGUGUGCGGUUUUCUCGUAAGAAUACCUCGUCUAUCAUUAACCAGUUGAGACAGUCAACUGGUUUUGCAAUGUAGUCGUUGAAACGAAAGGAUUUCCCACCUUACUCAGUGUUGUAUAAGCCGACUGAUUUGGCAAGUAAUCACUUCUCAUAAAGUUCGAUAGGUCACGUUUCAUAAAAGUUGGUGCUACUGCCUACAUGGAAAGAGUUCUGCAUGCUCAAGUAUAAUGUCAGUUCGACUAAGUGAACUUAAGACAUAACGAUGGGUUAGUCAGUUCAUUAUAGCUUAUGGCAGCAUGCAUCAAUAACAAGGAUGAGUAACCCAGUGCUUGCAUAACUCGGAGCUUACGUCUAAAUUUAUCUUCGUAUGACUCUUUCAUUCUUGUUUUUGAUGCGCACUGCCAUACACUACCAAGUGAAGUUUUCUUUAGUGUGAAUCUGUAGCUAAUACCAUAUAGUAAUAUCACUGUUACUACAUACACAAGAAAGUGCCAGCCCCAGCUAUACAACGUACCUAAUGCGUUUUUUUUUUCCCCUGUAAAUAGACCUCGCACUUCUUUCUGGAUAGCUCGGAGACUCUUUGGUUGAAGAUUAAGAGGUAUUGAUGCUUGUAAUACAAUGUAAGAUUCUCAGUGGAAUGUUUCGGUAUCUCACUGUUAUCAGCUGAUCUUGCGCCGGUACUAGUGUAGACUCAUUUGCACAUUGUACACACGACUUGAACCAAGAACACCACGAAUAUAACAAACAUGCUCAUUCCUAACAUUGCCUUAUCACGUGUUCUGUAGUGUUUCCGCAUUUAGUUCGUACGAGGUCCCACCAGAUCUUCUCAAAAAUGUGUAAAAUUUUGUAUUCCUGAGCAUCUUUACAACAAAAUUUUUUUGCAAAGUGUAAUGUUCCUGCGACGUUCUUGGCAAUCAAGCGAUACUUCCAAUGCACUUUCAAGGUGCUUCAUAUUCAGUCUUCCCUGGCUUGCUCGAAGCUUUGUAGCUAUGACGACAAAGCAAUGAACUCAGUGCUGUGGCUGUCACAGCAUGAAUCUGAUGCAAUGUACUACAACCUUGGAGGCUUCCUGUGCAACCGCUUAACUCACGAAGGUCGUCCUGUUGGUCACCGAUGCUUUUCUCUGCCACUACGUGGCACUGGCACCUCACUAAAUUAUCCUCGCUGCUGUUUUGACUAAGAAGACUGCUUGGUCGUGAUGACUGAGGGAAUCCAACGUGUGGUAGGCAUGCUUUUCAGUGCAUUGCGAUUAGUGCAAACGCCGGCAGAAAUUUUGAAAAGUUGGAGUGCACAAUGCAGUCCUUUCAGCGAUAAUCAUAGCUGCUCAUAUUGCAAUGCUUGUAUAAGAUGAUCAAAAGAGACCAGUCUAAUGAUUAGGCAGGCUCACUUAUCACAGUCAAGCGUGCCUGUUCUGAAAUCUUUGGCAGCAAAACCUGGUUCUGGCUAACUGUAUAUAAUGAAUUAGUGAUAUUUUUCUAGGUUACUCAACUUAUAUAGCUUUAGCUUAGUUAUUUAUCUGCAGCCAGCAUGAAUGAGACAGUCUUUGGAAUGAGACACCGCGAACAUUUUCGAGCUUUUAUUAUGCUCUCCUACCUAUCCACACUGUGCUUUAAGCGACAGAGCCUUUAUUUUGAUAAUGCACUGCCUACCGAUACGUAGCGUAGAAACUGUGUGCUUUGUUCAAUUAUUUUGAGCAAGGCGUUUUACUAAAAAGCCGUGAAAAGCCCCCAGAGUGUCAGUUUUUAUAGACGGAAAAGAAUUGGUUAUCAGAAGACGGCAUUAAAGGGCAUCAAGUCGUUUUAUGGGAAGUUGCACAUACAAACGGGCACAGGAAAAACCAAGUAGAUGGAAAGAUCACGAGCCAUCUCACUGUAGCAACUUCCUGUGACAACAGUAGCAGCUUUUUCCAAAACUAGCAAUAGCUAUUGUUAACUAUUCCAAAAUGAAGACAAGCACAAAGCUGGCGUAAACAUACAAACUUGGGCUGGUCGUGUAUGAGCUCCUAGGGUGAGCCUUUCAAACAACUACAUCGUAUCCGAACAUAUUUCGUAGGACUUAUGCGUAUCUGCCUUAGGAUAUAUUCAGGUGCACUGCUGUUAUCCCUGACAUUGCACAUACAAUGCACACUGCUCUCCUAUAAAUUAUGGUAAUGCUGAUGCAACGUUUAGCGCACAAUGAAAAACUUUACAGUUCAUUACAGCAGUUAUAUGUGCCAAAAAUGAGUGCAUGAGUUCAGGAGUACCGACAAUGAAAUGUCAUUCGAUUUAGCAUCUGUUUUUAUGAGUUGACACCAGUGUUUGGGUUGUAUUUAUGCUUACAAUGAUACUCUGUAUCAGUAACUUGAGUGGUAAGUUGAGAGUCAAUAGGCUCUCAGAAAAACUGUUCAAAAUCUUUUGCCACCGUUUUUAUACACCAGAACACCUAUUGCGAAAACAAGGUAUGUUACAAAAACAAGGUAUGUCUGGCUUGAUCCUGCUUUUAUUUGUGACCACUCCUUUGAUCAAAAGCUUGCCAAUGUGCUUGAAAAAAGACAGUGUGCUUAAAACAUAUGCAACAAAUUGAUACUAAAAAGUCAAUUUAAAAAUUGCAGUUUGUCAUUAGUGUCACUCAAUGUGCUGAAAUUGGUCUGCGCAGUGUAAAAAAUUAACCAAAGUUAAAUUCGGUCAUUUCACAUGCCAAAACCACAAUAUUAUCAAGGCAUGCUGUCAGUGUGGGGUGCUCCAGAUCAUAUGGAACACCUAAGGUUCCUUAAUGUAUACCAAAUAUGCAGAUGUUGUUGAAUUUCAUCAUUGAAAUAUGGUUGCUUUGGCCGGAUAUCGAAUCCACAUACUUCAGCUCAUCUGAGCAACACCUUGGCUCACAGGCCAUGUAUGAAAAAAACUGGUCGAGGACACUGUUACACCAAUACGUUUCCUUCUUUACACAAAGAUAUUUAUUUCAAGGUUGUAUGUAUGGUUACGACAUGCUGUCAAUAUUUAUUACAGAUUGAUAUGUCGCGAACAGUCAAACGAAUCUACAAUAUUUUUUUUUUCAGAAGCUUGGUUUUUACGUACCAAAAUGUGUCCCUGAAUUAUUGAAACAAAUCUGAGAUUGUGUCGCAUUCAAUAUGUUUACUCAGCAUUUUUAUACGACGCUGGUCAUUCCGUCUACGCAAUACUCACAUGUCGCGCAAACCAAAGCGACUCCGCCAUUCCAUGCCAGCACGUGAAUUUGGCUUCAGCGACUAGUCACAAUAAUCGCCUUCACUGCCUCACCGCUUCCAACAGCUAGUCAUUUUGUCUUGAAACAAAGCUGCGUACAACACCCGAAAUACGUGCUUGUUCAGAUGCUGGUACUAGUCCACAACUUACUCGUGUCGACUGACGCGUUAUGACCUCCGCACUCAGUCUUCUCCGCUGUGCAUGUCCCGACAGCCAUUGCAGUCAACUUCAGCCAUCACCCACUGUCAUUGUGUCUUCGAAUAAAUUGUGCACGUCUCAAGUUUAAGAAAUAAAAAGCACAGCCUGUUCUUUUUCUUC